UAAUCAAUAAUAACAAGACGAUAAUCAGAUAAUGAACGCGACUAAAAUAUGAUUCAAUUAAACGAUCUCUUGGAGCAAAACAUUGCUGUGACGCAGCAGUAUUAAGUAUGGAUUUUUUUUUGUUAGUAUGAGCACAUUAUUAUUUGUAAUGUUUAUAAUUAUUUUUUGCACUAAUCGCACUUAUCAUUCAAAUACAUAUUCAAGCUGUUUGAAUAAUACUUACAACUUCAUCAAUUAUAGUGAAAGGAAUUUCUUUUUUUUUUCCUGUUUAUAAUUGUAACAUUAAAGUGCAUAUAUAGAAGAUAUUGAAUAGAAAUUAUAUAAGACUCAGUCUCUAACCAAUCGAACUAUUCGAAGAAAUACUAACUAAAGAACAUGUUGUUCUACGCGCUUGUAGUUAGUGCAAUUAGUGUUGCAGUAAUUGGAUUAUCCGCAACUGAAGAACCUACGCUUCCUGUAACUACCUGCAAACGAGAUUCAGAUGAUUAUUCUGCCUGUUUAAAACGUGCUGUAGAAAAAGCAUGGUCGCGAUUUAUGGCAGGAUUACCAGAAUUUGACUUUCCACCUUUGGAUCCAUUAGUUUACAAAUAUGGUAGAAUGGUUCUUAAUUCUGCUGAGAUACGAGGAGAAUUAAUUAUAUCAAAUCAAACUUUUGCUGGGAUAUCAAAGACUCGUAUUUUUGAUGUAAAAGCGUAUUUUCUUGAUGACGUUUUCCAUUUAGAAAUUGACACACUAAUACCAAAAGCGUUUUUAAAAGGUGCCGCAAAAAUAAAUGGCUCUUUAAAUAUAUUCAGAGUUGUUAAUGAAGGUACGAUAAUUUUAUAACCAGCUGCAUAACAAA